CUCAAAUGUAUUGAAACAUAUGCCGUCUUAGAUUCUUGAUUGGCAUUUGAUGAAAUCGUUACACCUGUAUUGAAACAAAUGUGUGACUAUUUUAUGGCGAAAGUAUUUAUUAGAUAUACAUAAAAAUGCGUGCUUUGAGACUUAACUUUAUUGUGAUGGAACCUUUGACAUUUUAGCCAGCACAAAUAAUGCAUGGAUACAUUUUAGCUUGGUGUAAGAGAUGAAUGAUUACAGGGGAAACGCGGUGAUUGAACUAAUAUUGAUAUUGUUUAAAACUUACUGGUAUCAAUAUGGACCUGCAUACUAAUAAAUGUGAUUUCGAAAUGGAAAAUGACAAAAAAGGAAUUCAGCAAAGCGCACUUGUACGAAUUCUUGCAGAUGGUUUGAAUGGCAAACCAAAACGUUAUUCAGAAUAAUUAUUAUUUAGCAUAAUUUGUAAAAUGUGCAGGAUUGAUGUUGAAGACGUAAUUCAUUUCGUAUACCGGAACUAUUUAAAUCGGAUAUAACCUUUCAAAUAUGGACUGUAUGCAGUUUGACAACGCCACCGUUCUGACCGGAAAUGAACGCCUUCUAGCGGAGACCAGCCAAAUCAUCUAUGGAUACGUGCUUCCGGUCGUCUGCUGCUCCGGAAUAUUAGGCAAUCUCAUGAACUUUGCUAUUUUGACGAGAAGAAAAUUAACCAAGUCUUUCAAACGUUUGGAAAAGGCUGCGAACUAUUGUCUCAUCGCGCUGGCAAUCUCAGAUUUAUGUUUUUGUUUGUUCGCAUUUCCAAACUCGUUUUUGCCAAGUAAUGAUUUAUUCGAGGAGAAAGGAUUCUUGUUCUAUUACAGGAUGUAUUGUUCCGGGAUACUCAAUAUAUUUAUUUUAACAAGCACGUGGCUUACUGUUACCAUGUCCGUGGAGCGAUAUCUGGCAAUUUGUCAUCCUUUCAAGCAGACGUUCUAUCUUACCAUUAAGAAAACAAAGACUGUCAUAGUAUGCGUGUACAUAUUUUGCGUGAUAUUCAACAUUCCCGUGUUUUGGAGAUAUGAUGUUAAGAUGGUCUCCUGUAAUAAUGGAACGGAGCUGUUUUAUCAGCCUGUCCAAGUAAUGCUGGGUCACAGUGAAAUGUUUGAAAACAUCUACAGAAUUCUAUGGGCAAUAAUUGGCAACUUUGCGCCGCUGAUUCUCCUGAUCGGCUUCAACAUCUGCUUAUGCCGAAAGAUCCACAAAUCUUUCAAGUUCCGCCAAAAGUUCCGAACCGAGGAACAGCAAGGUCAGAGUGACGCAGGACAGACGCUGACCAUAACUCUAGUUGUGAUUGUUGUAAUGUUUUUAAUCCUAGUCGCGCCUUCGGAGGUAGUGAUGCACGUGGGACAAAUCAUGCAUCGGGCUGACGAUGCGACUUACAAGACAAUUGAAAUUGUAUUGAACUUCAUGCAAUCUAUAAACUUCUCUGUAAAUUUCGUUUUAUAUUGCAUAAUAAGCCCGUACUUUCGACGGACACUUAAAUAUAUCUUGUUCUGCAAGUGGUACUUCACUCGGAGAAAGAAGUUUUAUCUUGAAGUAUCAAUGAAGAAAGUUACCUUCUCACAUUACUCUCAAAGAUCCAGCUCAUGUCAUUGAUGAAUAUGUUUAACAGAUGCUAUAUCCAGCUA